GGUGCAACUAGAGAGAGCAAACCAGUUCUUUGUUCUCUCAAGUCAUAAAUUAUAAGGUCCUGACCUUGUUAUUUUCUAAUUAAACCAUUUCUUGGGGAAUUAUGUAGUAAAAUAUCCGUGUUAUAGGCUGACAGAUUCAACCUACACUUAUUAUAGCUUGGGGCUUCAGUGAUGCUGGAUAUCGUGCAACUUGGAGCACGUCAAUUUCUUGCUUAAUUUGUGUUAUUCCAUCUUUUAAUGAAUAAGAAAUUCUACAGCCAUUUACCAUACCUACAUUAGGUCACUACACGAGUUUUAUGCCUGGUGGCAACUCUGAUCUGAUUUUUGUGAUAUUAGUCACUGUAAUAUCUUGUAGUUUUUAUAAGGUCUUCUCCACUUGUGUAGACGGCUUGCGGACCAAAAUCAACCAUGAAGGCAUAAAGUACUACGAUAACAUUAUUGAUGCUCUUCUUGAAAAGGGCAUUGAGCCUUAUAUAACAUUGUACCAUUGGGAUCUCCCUUUGAAUCUUCAGGAAUCUUGUGGAGGCUGGUUAGAUGAACAAACUGUGUAAGCUCCAGUCCUUCAAUUUUCGUCUGGUAAUUAACCAUUACAAUCUUUUUAUGCUUAUAACAGAGUGGGUGGUGCAUAUGGAAUUCUAAU